AUGCGCUACUCCUAUGCUCUUCUUGCCUUUGCCGCCACGGCUCUGGCACUCCCCACCAACAAGCCCGCCGACGAUGGUAAGUGGGUUCCUGGCAAAUACGAAGGCAAAGGAACCCACUUCGACGAUGGCAAGUGGGCUCCCGAAAAGUAUGACAAGAGAAACGAUGAUGGGUCCUGGCACUCCGGCAAGUACGAGGGCGAAGGUACUGGCCAUGAUGAUGGCAAGUGGACACCUACCAAGUACCCCGGCGACAAUUCCAAGAACAAGAGGAACGACGAUGGCUCCUGGAAGCCUGGAAAGUACGAGGGUGAGGGCACCAACUUUGACGAUGGCAAGUGGGCUCCCGAAAAGUAUGACAAGCGCAAUGAUGACGGCAGCUGGCGCCCUGGCAAGUAUGAGGGUGACUGUACCGGUCAUGAUGAUGGCAAGUGGACUCCUGAGAAGUAUGACAAGAACACUAAGAGGAACGACGAUGGCAAGUGGGCUCCUGGCAAGUACGAGGGCAAGGGCACUGGCUUUGAUGAUGGCAAGUGGAAGAGCAACUAG